UUACGGUCGCCAUUGAGAAGUGAAAACCCUCCUAAAUGUUCUCGAAUAAUAGCGGCCUCGCCGUGUGAUUUUCGGGGCUGAGAGAGGCGCGUCGUCGCGAGAAGUGUUGCUAAUGAGUGUACGGCUUACGAUGGAGAAGCCAUGACGCAUCCGUCGCAUCAAACGAACGGCGCUAGCCUGGAGGACUGCCACACAAAUUUCUUCGCACUGACGGACCUCUGCGGCAUCAAAUGGAGGAAGCUCGUGUGGGGCGAAGUGGCCGGCGGUUUCGGUGGCACUCCCCUCGAGGACCCGGUGCUCUCGAGCUUCUCGCGGUGCCUCGCGGGUGACAUUCUCUGCGUGUGGCGACGAGUUGCCGCUACACCGGCCACGUCCGGCCCGACAACCACCACGGGGGCCGGGGCUGGCAUCUUCGACCUGGGCAUCGCACCCUCGCCUGCACCGCCACCCCUAUCUCUCACCGCCGCCAAGGAACUCUGGAUUUUCUGGUAUGGCGAGGAACCUGAUCUCUCUGGUCUUGUGUCACCGGAACUCAUUGCGUGCGAAAGCGAACAGGGUUCAUGGGAAAGCGGAUUGUCGUACGAGUGUCGGUCACUUCUUUUCAAAGCUCUGCAUAACUUGAUCGAACGAUGUUUACUGUCUCGUGAUUUUGUUCGGCUAGGAAAGUGGUUCGUACAGCCCUAUGAUGGGUUCGAGAAACACCGUUGCAGUAGUAGUCACUUGUCGUUCUCGUUCGCAUUCUUUGUUCAUGGAGAGAGCACUGUAUGUGCAAGUGUGGAUGUUAGGCAACACCCUGCUGUUCGUCAUCUUACAAGGGCUUGUUUACAACGUACUCAAACCUCCCAAUCUAGUGUUAAAGUGAUUUUAGCUCCUCAUGGACUAGCAGGCACAUUAACUGGCCCAGUGGGGCGUACAGAUAGCCAACUUCUUGAAGAAUGGAAACACUUUUAUCCAAUCAACGGCAGUAAUGUCGAAGCAGGACUUCCACCGCUGGUGGAAGUGCUUGUCGGUGGUGUACGCAUGCGAUAUCCUUCUUGUUAUGUCCUGGUCACGGAUAUGGACGACACUCCACCCGAGACUCCUCUUUCUCCGCCGAGUAGCCCUGCUAGUUGCGAACAUCCUCUUCUAGGUCAGCAGGAACUACGAGCAGCUACGGAAUUACCAGAACGUGCGUGGGCAGAAUGUACUUUGAGUUCACCAAUAUCUGCUUCCAAGACAGAAUCUUCCACUGAACAUGGAACUUGGAUCUUCAUUGAUCCAACGCAAAAGUCUUCCUGUACCUGUUCAAAGUAUGCGACCCCCGGGGGUUGGAAGAGCCUGGCCUCCUCUCAGGUUCAGAGGGAAAGAGUAGAUAAAGGUGGACGGAGGGUCGUACCGUUUCAUCGACGCUCUACCACCCAGUGGGAUGCUUGUCCCUCUGUCCCUGCUAAUGCCCCCAGGUCUGUAUUGAACAGAACAGAGGCGCCAAGUACACCACCAGGUGGACCACCCUCUUAUUCAAGAGGACCACCGACAGGAGGAGAUUGUCUGCCAGUUCCAUCUGUUGGCUCGCCAGGCUCUCCUGCACCUUCACCUCUUCCAACUCCACAUUCCGAGCCAGCGUCGGUUCCACCAGCAGAGCCUACAAUGCCUACUCUUAGUCCUCAACCGCCACCCAGUCAUACAAACACUGCCCCACCAUUAACCCCUUCUCAAGGCCCAAAGUCAACCUCCUCUGCAUGCAAUAAUCAAGUGCAUAGUCCAGCUCCUGGGCCAACAUUAAAACGACCAGUCUUAGUCUCCAGAGAAUGUGAGGAUAUAUAUUUAGAAAAUGAACAGUCAUUACCUUGGCUCUAUGAUUACUCAACACAAGAAGCAUGGCUCAAUCAUCCUGUGAAACGUUUUAAGGAAUCUAAUAGUAGUCCAGUCAAUGUGCGGAGCAAUACUUUGUAUCCACCAAUGAAUUCCCAGGUUCCUCAAUCUCAAGCUCCAAAAUUAGAAAUUAAGCAGGAACCAAAUGUCAAUGUUGGAGAUUGCAUCGGAAGAAGAACAGAUCCUUACGAGUUUGAUGCGACAGGUGAUGAAAACGGAACAGGUGUUGAUGGACUUAGACGACAAAGAGACGAUCCUUCUAAACCAGGGUCUUUGUUCACCAGCGAAGGUCUUCAAGCAUCCUAUAAAGAUUUAGACCAAAUCUUCGAUAAUUCCGAUCCCGACACCUCUAGCGAUGAAACCAAUUUGAAUCAGCUUCAAGUACAAACUCCACCAGAAUCAAAUAGAUCCAGUGGACUGCACGAAGAAACUAGAGUAGAUACCAACAACAGACAUAAUAAUCGAGGAGUAGGCGUAUUGCGACCAGAAGAACUUUCCAAAAUGUUUCCAACGCCACCAUCCUUAGAACAUAAUCCAGUCGCUUCGCCUUGUCAGUUAAACGACCCUUUAAUGGACCAGACAGAACUUUCUGUGCCCCAGCGACCACUUAGGCAUCUCCCUGAUAUCUAUCCAAAUAUGGGAUCCCCUCAAGAAGAACCAAUCGACGAUUGGUCCUACGUGUUCAAGCCCACGUCCAUCUGCAAGAUGGUUGGUUCUUCCAAAUAUGCUCCUCUCACGAAUCUGCCCAGUCAAUCUUUACCACCCGUUACACUGCCAUCACACUGCGUAUACAGACCUUCCUGGCAGUGUAACCCUGCUCCUAGCAAUUCAGAAAAACCGCUUCCACCGACUAGACCUGGUUCUGUUCAACAACAACCGUGCCCACCAAGCCCAGCACCGUUGGGAGCACCCUAUCGCUCAGCGACCAUUUCCGGUAGACCACCGCCGCCUCCGUACGAUCAACCGAGCCCAGCUACAUCUACCACUUCUUCGUAUCUGAACAAAAACUUGAAUAGUAUUGAAGCGGACACACCGGGACCUACUCGCGCACCAGAAUCGAACUCUCUCAUAGUGAAUAUUCUCUUAGGCGACACCGCGUUGAACAUCUUCCGCGAUCAUAAUUUCGACAGUUGCAGUCUAUGCGUGUGCAAUGCAGGCCCGAAAGUGGUUGGUAAUAUAAAAGGCGCGGAUGCUGGUGUUUAUCUGGCACACUCGUGGUCGGGUGGAGCUCUCUUUCAAGAUGACGAUCAAAUCAGAUGCAGUUGUGGCUUCAGUGCAGUUGUAAACCGACGACUGGCUCAUCGGGCCGGAUUAUUCUACGAAGAUGAAAUGGAAAUUACCGGUAUCGCGGAAGAUCCAACGGAGAAGAAAAAGACAUCUUUGGUUGCUAUCGCGUGCGGAGGGGCUAAACCAUCCGAAGGUUUAGACGCGAUACCACCUAACGUGUUAGAGUUGCUGAGAGAACAGUGUCUGAUCAUACAGAGCUCCGCCAGCAGCCUCUAUAGGGCGUCCAGAAUCUACGCUGCGAUGAAAAGUUACUCGAUGCUCACGCCUACGGUGAAUAUGUUGGAGUUUAACGAUGGAAACGAAGUGUCACUGGCUGCUCUUGAUCAGGGUAAAAUCGAUGGUACACAUAACGAAAGGACUAACCGUGUGAAUGGCGUACAUCGAUGGGUGUUUCUCCGAGCGAAAGGUCCCCAGUGCAGCGGUGAUAUUGUACGAAUGAUGAGAGCGCUACAACCAUUGUUGGAGGAUGCAGUGCAGAAAAAGUGCACUACUCGAAUGUGGGAGGCGCCGUACACCGUCGCUGGUCCUCUUACUUGGAGGCAAUUCCAUCGUUUAGCCGGUCGUGGGACUGACGAUCGUUGUGAACCUCAGCCAAUACCAGCUUUAGUAGUCGGAUACGAUCGGGACUGGUUGUCUUUAUCGCCGUAUGCUCUAAGCUACUGGGAGAAAUUGCUUUUAGAACCGUAUGCUGGACCUAGGGAUGUCGCUUAUGUGGUAGUAGCACCCGACAGUGACUGCGUUAUCGAUAAAGUCAAAUCAUUUUUCCGUGAACUAUCGACUACGUAUGAAAUCUGUCGGUUAGGAAGGCAUACCCCGAUCUCGAAGGCCCUGCGCGACGGCAUUCUUCGAGUUGGGAAAUCGUCUGUACAAAAUAAAGUUAAACAACCAAUUGAUGAUUGGUUCAAACUUUUAGGAGAAAACCAAUUAGGAGAACUAUUACGGUUAUACGCUCAAGUCUGUAAUCACCGAUUAGCCCCAUAUUUAACGCAGGUUAUACAAGAUCGAAGUUUGUUAGAUCCUGGAGAUACACAAUUAACCAAUAAGCAACAGCAACAGCAACAAUCGACUAUUCCUGUUACCGAUACGAUGCCAGCCACGCCUGACGUAAUGACAAGCAAACCUGAGUCUGUUGAAGGAGAGAAUCCUAGAAGUGAAACUCCAUCGAACACAGCGACAAAUUCUAAUUCUAACACUGGUAACACGACACCGACUUCUCAAACUGCCACGAUACCCACAAACACCACUGCGGGUCCAGAUGAAGAGGAAGCCGAACCUCCGGCUGUGGUCGUUUAUCUGAUAGAACCUUUCUCGCUGGGAAGCCCUGAAGAUCCUGAUCGUCGAAGACUUGCAAUUUUAGCUUUAUUGCGUGCUUACUCAGCAGCAGUUAAUAGCAUGCCUGAAAAUGUCAGAUCCAAUAUCAACGUUCAGUUAAUAUCAUUGGAAAGUAUAAUGGAGUUAGGACGAGCUAGAGAAAGGCGAAGGAUUCAGGACGAAAUGAGAGCCUUAGCGUUGAACGUGUUUCUACAGGGCCGCCGAUUGUUAAAUCACAACUCCACGGUAAAAAGUCUCACUGGCUUUGGUACUGCUGCCGCUGCAGAUCUUUUUCUUAAGAGUAAAGAUGAACGGAACAAAGCCCCGUACCGGUUAUACGCACCGGCUUACGUCCUGGCUCCUCUACGAGCGAAAAGCGAAGCACCUGAAUCCUUUGGUAUUGCUGGACCAGAGGAAUGCGCAGUUCUGUAUCUGAGCUAUUGCCUCAGCGAGGAUCAAUCCUGGCUGCUCGCAGUCGCGACUGAUGACAGGGGCGAGAUAUUCGAGACGGCUACCAUUAACAUCGAUAUACCCAACAGAAAGAGAAGAAAACGCGCCUCAGCUAGACGAAUCGGAUUACAAAAAUUGAUGGAUUUCAUACUUAGCGUGAUGUCUCAGGGUGUACAACCUUGGAGAUUAGUCGUAGGUCGUGUGGGACGCAUUGGGCAUGGCGAACUAAAAGGAUGGAGCUGGUUACUAUCUAGGAAAGCACUUCUAAAAGCCUCAAAACAUCUGAAAGAAUUAUGCGGCCAGUGUAGCCUUCUGUAUCCAUCGGCAGCACCUUGCGUACUCAGCGCCUGUUUAGUUUCGCUUGAACCAGAUUCAACUCUCAGACUGAUGGCUGACCAGUUUACACCCGAUGAGAGAUUCAGUCAGGCAUCAGUAAACUGCCAAUUAUCUACACCACAGGAUGUCACGUGCACUCACAUUCUCGUCUUUCCCACAUCUGCUACCACUCAGUCAUCACAGACAGCAUUUCAAGAGCAACAUAUUAAUGGACCAGAACUAGGGGAUGAUGAACUAUUUUCUGCUCUAAAUGAUGACAUGCCAGAAGGUAUGGAAGGUAUGGGAGACUUCAACGAUAUUUUUAACGUAUGGCCAGAGGCUGGGGCUGGUGGAGGACAAAGUCCUGGUGGCAGUCCACACCGUCCUGAGGGAUCCCCACUGGGUGGAGAUGGUGGUGGCUCGGGUUUAGGCAAUCACGAUGGUCCUGGUAGUCCAUUUCCAUGUAGCAACACUCCAAGAGUAACGGUUGCUGAACAGAUAGAAGAAGUUGGAACACUAUUGCAGCAACCACUUGCACUCGGUUAUUUAGUAUCUACUGCACCGACAGGACGCAUGCCACCGUGGUUUUGGUCAGCUUGCCCCCAUCUUGAAGGCGUUUGCCCAGUGUUCUUGAAGAAUGCCUUACAUUUGCAUAGUCCAGCAAUACAGCAGAAUAGUGACGAUCUAUUACAACAACAAAGUGCACUAACUGCUCAUCCACUAGACUCACAAUAUACCACCGAUGUGCUCAGAUAUGUGCUGGAGGGAUACAAUGCAUUAUCAUGGCUUGCAGUGGAUGCGAACACGAAGGAUCGGUUAUCCUGUUUGCCAGUUCACGUACAAGCGCUCAUGCAGCUCUACCAUGCAGCAGCAGCUCUCGUCUGACCCACACCCUCUCCCUUCGUAGUGCAGUAUAUGCACCUCUCUCACGCACUCCUUAACCGUACCAUCACUUGGGGCUUUACGAGAGCAACUGGUUUCCUACAUCCGUCUUCAACUGUACGUUAGUGACUCUGAGAUUUUCCG